GCCUUUUCAUUCUUCUAUCCCUCAUGUCAGUCUACUACUUGUUUAGUAAGUUCCUGACUUUGGAAUCCCGCCCACCUCUUCCUCCAGGCCCAACACCCUUUCCCUACAUCGGCAGCAUAAUCAGCAUGCUUCGAAACAAGCCCACUUUUCGUUGGAUUCAUAGGAUGAUGGACGAAAUGAACACCAAGAUCCUAUGUGUUCGCCUCGGAAACGUCCAUGCCAUAGCCGUUAGUGAUCCAGAUAUUGCGCUUGAGUUUUUGAAAGACAAAGAUUGGAUCUUCUCGUCAAGGCCUGAUUCCAUGUCGGGCUAUCUGACUAGUGGUGGUUACUUGGACACUGUUCUUGCUCCAAUGGGUGAUCAUUGGAAAAAGAUGAGAAGUAUCCUAUCCAUGGAUAUUCUUUCAGGAGCUAGGCAUAAAUGGCUUCUGACAAAGCGAAACGAAGAAGACGAAAAUAUACUCAGGUACAUUAACAAUCAAUGCAAGACCAAUCAUGGAGGCACCAGGGGCUUAGUGAAUGUGAGGAUUAUUGGACAACAAUACACCACCAACAUGGCUAGAAAGCUUUUGUUGGGGAGAAGGUAUUUUGGUAAAGGCAGAGAAGAUGGUGGACCUGGGGUGGAAGAGAUUGAGCAUGCUGAUUCACUUUGGAUGAUUCUUGUUUAUCUUAACGCAUUUUGUGUGACGGAUUACUUCCCUUGGUUGCGAUGGAUAACUGAUUUUGAUGGGCAAGAGAAGAUCGUAAAGAAUGCUAUUCUUAUUGCAAGAAAGUAUCAAGAUGCUUUGAUUGAUGAGAGGAUUCAACAAUGGAAAGACGGUGUUAGGAUCCAACAAGACGACUUGGUUGACGUUUUCAUCACCCUUAAAAACACUUCACUAACCGCAGAUGAAAUAAAAGCCCAAACCCUUGAUAUGUUUCUAGCAGGUUUUGAUAAUGUUUCGAAUAAUAUCGAAUGGGCCAUCGCAGAAAUGAUAAACCAGCCAAAGAUAUUAUGUAAAGCGGUCCAAGAGCUCGAUUUUGUGGUUGGAAAGGAUAGAUUAGUUCAAGAAUCCGAUCUACCUAAACUUAAUUAUAUUAAAUCCUGUGUGAAGGAGACUUUCAGAUUGCACCCUGUUGCGCCUUUCAACGUGCCACAUGUGACAACCGCGGACUCUAAGGUUUCUGGAUACUUCAUACCCAAGGGUAGUCACAUAUUAGUGAGCCGUCUUGGGAUAGGGAGGAACCCUGAGAUCUGGGAUAACCCACUAACUUUUAAUCCAGACCGUCACAUGAUCGCUGAUAAAGAAGUGGCGUUGAACGACCACACUCUUCGCACGUUUUCGUUUGGCACUGGUCGGCGUGGGUGCCCGGCAGUGUUGUUGGGCUCGACUAUGUCCACAAUGCUUCUAGCUCGGCUCGUACAAGGGUUCACCUGGGAGUUGCCACUUAACGAGCCACAUGUUGAUCUCAAGGAGAACCUGCAUGAUCUAGCAAAGGCUAAGCCUUUGUUAGCCAUAGCGAAGCCUCGUCUGCCUCACCAUCUUUAUCCUACCAGCUGAAUAAAUUGUCGGCACAUUUAUAGCAUGAAUGUGAUGCCCCAAAAUAAAAUGUUGAUCAUUUAUGUUUGUAAUAUCUACAUCCUACUAGCUUACGCA